CCCAAACUGACCUAGAAUCAGCUUUUGAGUUUCCUGUUACGCCAUCUUUAAUGAGGGCAAGGGGCUGCGUUUCGGGGUUUAGAACGCACGUGUGUGAACUCUCCAUGUACAUUUCGCCUGCUGGUUAGCUAUCAGCCCUCGGAACUGCCUUGUGUGGCGGAAUAAGAAAUCUCCCACAUAUUACUACACACUAUCCAAAACAAUAGCAAGUUAAGUCGGAUUACAGAUAUGCCAAAAGUGAAGAAGUCCAAAGGUGGAGGAGGGGAGAAAAGUGGAGUCACGGUGGGUCUUGCUGAUCAGAUACUACAGGGGGACGUGGUGAGGGUAAGUGGCCGGAUGAAAAGCAGGGAUCGCCGGCAAGAGGAUGAAGACGAGUACGUGGAUGAGCGUCUGUCGCGGAAGAUCCUGGAGCAAGCCCGAAUACAGCAAGAGGAACUUCAGACAGAGUACGGACUCGGAAAGCCUGAGAUCAAGAAACAGCCAUCCACUGUUUUGGGUUCUGGCACUCAGGAUUUGGACUCCGAUGAAGAGUGGCCAGCACUCGGCCAAGCAGGUGGUGAAGAUGACGGCGAAUGUGGGACUGAAGUGGAGGUGGAUCCAGAUGAUGAGAAAGCCAUGCAGAUGUUCAUGAACAAGAACCCCCCACUCAGGCGAACCCUCGCGGACAUCAUCAUGGAGAAAAUAACAGAGAAGCAAACGGAGGUGGGAACAGUGAUGUCGGAGGUUUCGGGGCGCCCCCUUCCCCAGCUGGACCCAGAAUCAUUGAGGUGUACAAAGGCGUGAAUAAGGUA